GACACUGAGAUCACCCUCUCCGGGGACCUGCACACCUCGGUUCUAUCCUCUGCGACACCGAGAUUGCUCACUUCCUUGUAAGAGGUGAUAUGGUUUGCAGAAACCAAAGGCCCGAGGGCUAGAAGUCGUGGCUUCCGACCCAGGCUGUACGACCACGCGAAGCCACCUCCUCCAGGGGGGCCUCCAAUAGGGCGGAAAGCAGCCUGUGGUUCCUGGAAGUGUGAGGACAGGAGCUGCGCUGGGAGCUGCGGAGGCAGCGCGGCGGCCCCAUGGACCUGCCUCCGCAGCUCUCCUUCGCCCUGUACGUGGCCGCCUUCGCCGUGGGCUUCCCACUCAACGCCCUGGCCAUCCGCGGCGCGGCCUCGCUGGCCCGGCGGCGCCUCACUCCCAGCCUGGUCUACGCCCUGCACCUGGGCUGCUCCGACCUCCUGCUGAGCAUUUCUCUGCCCUUGAAGGCGGUGGAGGCUCUGGCCUCGGGAGCCUGGCCCCUGCCCACCUCGCUCUGCCCGGCCUUCGCCGUGGCCCACUUCGCUCCGCUCUACGCAGACGGGGCGUUCCUGGCUGCCCUGAGCGCCGGCCGCUACCUGGGGGCCGCCUUCCCCCUGGGCUACCAGGCCAUCCGGAGGCCAUGCUACUCCUGGGGCGUGUGUGUGGCCAUAUGGGCCCUCGUCCUCUGUCACCUGGGGCUGGUGUUUGGGUUGGAGGCUCCCGGGAGCUGGCUGGACAACACCACCGCCAGCUCCCUGGGCAUGGUCACCUGGGUCAACGGCUCUCCCAUCUGCCUGGAGGCCUGGGACCCACACUCGGCCGGCCCUGCCCGCCUCAGCCUCUCCGUCCUGUUCUUCUUUCUGCCCUUGACCAUCACGGCCUUCUGCUACGCCGGCUGCCUGCGGGCGCUGGCCCACUCAGGCCUGAGCCACCGCCGGAAGCUGAGGGCUGCCUGGGGGGCCGGCGGGGCCCUGCUCACGCUGCUGCUCUGCUUGGGACCCUACAACGCCUCCAACGUGGCCGGCUUUCUGCACCCCGACAUGGGACACCAGUGGCGGAGGCUGGGGCUCAUCAUGGGAGCCUGCAGUGUGGUGCUCAACCCCUUGGUGACCGGCUACUUGGGAAGAGGGCUUGGCUGGGGGACGUGUGUGGCAAGAACACACGCGGGGACAUCCCAGAAGUAGCAGCCGCUGCUCGCUGGUCCGGGAAAGCAACAUGGAAGAGGGGAGCCUGGCGGCUGUUCCAGGGCCCCGGUGGGGGCUGUUCCGAAGGGACUACAUGGCAGCCUCGCUGGAAGGAGGCGCUGUGCCUGGCGAGGCCGGCGCCCUAGUGGGGAGAGAAGAUUGG